AUGGGGAUCGAGUACCGGCGGUUCGAUCUUUCCAAAAUAUCCGAACUGCAACAUGUGCAACGUCUUAUAGAUGAGGAUUUGAGUGAGCCUUACUCGGUCUAUGUUUACAGGUACUUCCUUAACCAGUGGCCCGAGUUGUGCUAUUUGGCGAUAAGCCCGACGGAACCACAACCUAUCGGUUGUAUCGUGUGCAAGGCAGAGGAGCAUAGAGGCGCACGAUUGAGAGGUUACAUUGGCAUGCUUGCAGUGACGAAGGAAUACCGAAAGAGAGGCAUUGCAAAACGGUUGGUGGGCAUCGCCAUUGAACAAAUGCGAAAAAUGGGUUGUGACGAAAUUAUGCUGGAAGCAGAAGUGGAAAAUCAAGCGGCUCUGAGACUUUAUGAGGGAAUGGGGUUCAUUCGGGUGAAACGCAUGUUUCGUUACUAUUUAAAUCAGGGCGACGCAUUCAAGCUAAUACUUCCUGUGACGGAAAAAAGUUGCAUAAGAUCGACCUUUUUGCUGCAGCCAGAGACGGAAGUUCUCUGA